AUGCCAUCAUUGAAAGAAUUCUUCGAAAGUAACGUUCAUCGAUUGCAACGACGAAUUGGUGGUGAAACAUUAAUUUUAUCGUUAAAAAAGAAAAAAUCAGCACCAAUUUAUUCUGAAAGUUCUUCUCGAUUUACAGAUGAAAUAUGGAAUAUUAUAUUCCAUGAAUGUUCACCAUUUGACUUAUAUUCAUGGCGUCGUGUAAGCAAAAAUUUUAAACGUUUAAUUGAUUGCCGUUUCAAUAAUAUUCUUUAUUUAUAUGCUGAUCGAAGAAAUAUUGCUUCAGUAUUAGGCCAAGAAAGUAAUACUGAUGGUAAUUUUUAUCGCCAUCGUAGUGCGCAAAUAUUGCUAAGCUUGGAUACUCAUAGCGCCAUGUUUAUUGUCCACGAAAGAUGGACACCAAAAGAUAUCUGCAAAUUAUUUCAAGCAAUACAAUUAUUAGCACCAUCAAUUCGAAAUGUUUCGCUUGACAUGGGAAUCGUUGAAUUGAUCACAGCUGGCUUAUCAAGUAUGGAUUUUCAUCGAUGGCAUUCAUUUCAAUGUUAUUUGAAAUCAUUAGAUGGACAGGCUGCUGAAGAUUCCGUACACAUACAAUGUGUACCGUCUACACAUGAAAAGACAUUCUUUCCGAAUGUUACUGAGGUUAUAAUUAAGUAA